ACAGACUUAUAGAAGAUAUGCAGCAUCUUGCUGCAAACACCAAAGGACCUAAGCUUCCUUUGCUUCUAUUUGCCUUUAUUUAGUGCCUCUAAAUAAACAUCAAAAUAUCGAUAUAUCUCUUAUAAUAUAUUGGAAAGCCAUCCAAGCCUGGUGACUUUGGAUUUUUCAUAGAUGAGAAAGCAGCCUUUAUCUCGUUUUCCAUCAUAGGGGUUUCCAACUUUGCUUUUUAUUUAUUAGUGAGAGUUGGUUAUUGCAGACCAGAUAAAACAAUUUUCCGCUUCCUCCUCUUCAAGAAUGCCAGUGGAGGUUGACAAAUCUUGGUAGAAUGACUUAAAGAUCAAGUUAAUUUCUUUUGAAGAUGUUACCACUGGGUUAUCCUUUUUAAUCAUUGAUAUUUUAUUCAGGUUAUCCUGUCGCUUUAAUUGUCUCGAGAAUAAUCUUCCGUUUGUUGGGGUCUGGGAGACUGUCUCCUCUUUUGCCUGCUGCUUCCUUAUUCCUCCCCGAGGUGGCGUCUGAACAUGGUGGCUGGGUGCUGCGACAGGUGUUGCUCAUCAAGCCUCACUAGAAGAGGGUUAAGAGGAGUCUGCUGCCAGCACUUCGAUGCUUGAGUGUUAACCAACUGUGGUAAAGCUCUAGACCUCUGAUGUUCCUGGAUCCUCGUUCAGAAGGACCAUCUCACCUCUUGUGUGUUCUCCAUCAGGUUGCCCUGUGUUCUGGAUCCCGUUCCAGCUCGUUUCCUGAACUUACCUGCAUGAAUUCACAUUAUCUCCUUUGGGUUGAAGUUUUCGACUGGCAGCGGUCUGACUCCUCCCUCCUCGGACUCCCCUAUGAUCGAACCCUGCUCACCCUCCACCGUGUUCACCUUCCAAGCCACCCUGCAAAGACCCGUCACACCAUGCCAAGCUCACCUUCCUCCUGGAUCAACUUCACCAAAAUACCUGCUGAGAGAUUCAAGCUAUUCUGUGACCAUUGUGGGCUUUUCUUUCAAUAACGUGGGGUACCAACAAAUUUGUCCACGUGUGUAUGACGAAGGGAAACACAGAUGCUAGCAGGCUAAGCUCAGCGCUUCCCGUGGUUGUGUGAAGACUCGUCGGACGGCACAAUGGCAUCCUCCAGCCCUCUAUCCAAGGCCAUGACCACCUUCUCUCUGGCUCUGCUCAGUAAGCUGAAUGAGGACAACAACUCUGCAAAUAUCUUCUUCUCUCCUUUCAGCAUCUCAACAGCUCUGGCUAUGGUGAUGCUGGGGGCCAGAGGCAGCACAGCCAAACAGAUGUCAGAGUGCUUGAAAAUUCCAGAUUGUCAGGAUGAUGUCCACACUCUGUUUGCCAAACUGCUGAGUAAGAUCAACAAGCCAGGAGCUCCAUUUGUUCUCAAUGUUGCCAACAGACUGUACGGAGAGCAGUCCUACCACUUUAUUCAGGACUAUCUAACUCAAACCAGGACUCAUUACAACUCAGAGCUGGAGUCUGUGGACUUCAGAACCAGCUGUGAGGAAGCCAGGGUCAAGAUCAACAGCUGGGUGGAGGAGCAGACUCAAGGUAAAAUCAAGGAUAUUGUGCCUCAGGGAGUGCUGGACCACAUGGCCAGGAUGGUCCUGGUUAAUGCCAUUUACUUCAAAGGCACCUGGGAUAAACCAUUCGAAAGAUUUGAAACGUAUGUGGCUCAAUUUAAGCUAAGCAAGAAUGAAACUAAACCAGUACAGAUGAUGAAACAGGAAAGUGUCUUCCCUCUUGCUUUUGUUCCUGAGGUCAAGUGUCAGAUCCUGGAGAUGCCUUACAAAGGGAAGGAGCUGAGCAUGCUCAUCUUUUUACCUGAAGAGAUAGAAGAAUAUACAACAGGUCUGGAGAAGCUGGAGAAACUUCUGACCUAUGGGAAAUUCAUGGAGUGGACUCAUCCAGACAAGAUGGAAAGCCUUGAGGUUGAUGUGAGUCUGCCUCGAUUCAAGAUGGAGGAGAAGUAUGACCUGAAUGAAGUCCUGAGCAGCAUGGGCAUGGUGGACGCUUUCAAUAAGUCAAAGUGCGACUUCUCAGGUAUGUCUGGCAACAAGGAGCUCUUUCUGUCCAAAGUCUCCCACAAAGCUUUUGUGGAGGUGAAUGAGGAGGGAACAGAAGCUGCUGCUGCCACUGCUUGUUUUGUUACAAUGGAUUGUAUAAGGAUUUUACCAAAGUUUACGGCAGACCACCCCUUCCUCUUCUUCAUCCGCCAUAACCCCACCAUGAGCGUUCUCUUUGCUGGACGCCUCUGCUCCCCUGAAUGAGGUCUGUGUCCUUCAGAGCGAUGACUCCACUGGUGAAAGUGCUCAUUUGGACCUAAUGAGGGAUCUUCUACUGCUGCUGUGUCUGACGCUGUGGGCCAUGUGGAUCAUGAUGUUAAACUUUGCUUAGACUGACAUAUUACAAUGUUACAGUGGUACUGAAAGUAAAGAAUAUGUUGGAUUUGAAAUAAACAUCAACUAAGCUAUGCCCAAGAAGGCA